AUGGCUGAAGAAAACAAAAUUCCUGUUACAAAUGAGGGCAUGGGAAAGCCCCUUUCGGCCAAGAAUCAGGUCCUCACUGCUGGUGCUGCUGAGUUUCGACCGGUGAAGCAUAUCUGCGCUCAUCUCAACGCCUUUCACGCAUACGCCGAUGAUCCCUCUCGCUUCGUUGAAACAAAUCACUACUGCGCCCAUCUAAACGAGGACGUCCGCCAAUGUCUCCUCUACGACUCCGACGAGCCCAACGCGCGCCUCAUCGGCAUCGAAUACAUGAUAACCCCUAAACUCUACGAAACCCUCGACAAGGAAGAGCGCAAGCUCUGGCACUCGCACGUCUACGAAGUGAAGUCCGGAAUGCUCAUAAUGCCGAACCGCGCGGUGCCCGAGAGCGCAUGGCAAGUAGCUGAGAACUACGAGAUGGACCAAGUUGUGCAGUUAUACGGGAAAGUGUAUCAUUUGUGGCAGACAGAUCGAGGUGAUACGCUACCGUUGGGGGAGCCGAAGCUCAUGACGAGUUUUACAGCGGAUGGACAAUUUGACUUUGAGAAGCACGUGGGGGAGAGGGAUCGGAAGUUUGGGACGGAUUGGAGGGUUAAGAAGGAGGCGAGGAAGGAUAUUCCUACUCCGGUUGUUCAUGAGGAUGCGGAUCAGGCGUGGAAGAACAAGUGA